UAAAGCAAUGUACUCCCAAAUACACUGGAGUGUUUCUCCAUAAUGAAAGCAAUGAAUAUUCUUCCAUUAUAAAACAAUGUCAUAUUGAUAUUCAGAAAAAUGACUGAAAGAAUACACCAUGAGUAACCAAAGGAAUGUUAGCAUCAGAGCUCAUGGAGGGUCUAUCACAACAGGCCAACGAACAGUUACUGGAAACAUACCAGAAGGAAGUCCUGUACCUGAGGUGUCAGUAUCUGGGGAGAACCAGCCUGUUCAGAGCUCCAGCAGCCUGAGUCUACAGAUUGAGGCAGUAGAAUCAGAUAUCUCAUGUGCAGACGAUACAGCCUUCCACUUCAAUGUCACACAAUCUUCAAGUGACACUGACAGAGGGCAGGAGCUGUCUGACCCCCUGACCCCCAGCCCUACAACAGACACAGUCCCCCUCUCCCCCUCCACCUCUGUCACAGGGGGCGCUCCAUCAGGGGACAAAACUCUUCACUUCUUUGUGCAUGAGAAGGGGAAGUACAUACAGAUAGGACGAUGUUGUGUUGUGGUAGAGCUGCAUGUAAAUGAUGGACUUAUGGAGAAACUGCAGAAAGAGGGGACAUUGGAAGUUGACACUCACACUGGUUCCUCAUUAGUGACACUGAGAUGGAGGGGAAUUGAGGACACUGAGGAGGCACUGAGGACCAGGAUCAAGGUACAGUUAACCACCUCCCUGACAGAGGACCUCCAGGCCCUGGAGAGGACGGUCCUCAAGGACCUGGUGAACAAGGGCUGCAACAAAUGUCAAGAACUGGUGAGGUACCUCUUACGGGAGGUGAGGGGCCACCUGACAGACAUAUCUCUGGGGUGCCUCCAACUCACAGUGCUAUUUACUAGUCAGGAAGAGCUGGAGAGGGGCACCUGCUCUGCUUUCAUUCAGAGAUUGCAGAAGUUUCUGGAGAGGUUACUUGUAACUGAGAAGGUACAGGAGUUGGUUGAGGAUGUCCGCAUUUCUGUGACUGUCUUAAGUGAAGAAGCAGCAAUGUCACACAAGGAGGUCCCAGAGGUCACCACUUUAUACAAAAGGGAGGAUAAGAUGUCUAGUGAGAAAGUAUCCAGUGGACUGAGUAGGGAGAUGUCGGAGCUGAAGUCAUUUUUAUCUCAUGAAUUAACCGGUCUGCGAGCAGGCCAAGCAAGGGAGAUAAUGACUCAGGAACAGCUGGCGAGACAGAUCGGAGCACAGGUUCAGCAGUGCGUGACCGAGGAGCUGGAUCAGUUCCGUCAGAGACAGAUCCUGGUUUUACGUGACGCCAUCGCCGAACUGUUGCCAGAGUUACAACAAAGGCUGUAUGAAAGUGUUGCUAGUAAACUACAGAGUGAAGGCAUCUCUUCUCAAGCAGCUCCACCUAGUGGUAGACAGCCAUCAGAGGAAUUGGUCCGGCGUCAAACUGAAGAACCCCUCUCUAGCAAAGAGAGAAUUAGUCAGUUGGUGAGACAUGUCCAGGCCAAGGGUCAACAAAUUCUUCCUGAGGUCAAGGUCGGACAGAGGUCACAACCUGUAGACUUCUCAGCUUUCUUCAGUGCAAUUCAAGGAUUGAGUAAAAAAGCUGAAGAGGAAUCAGAAAAAGAUGAAGGAUAUACUGAUACUAAAAUAGCUGGGCUCCAUGAAAAGCUACAGAAAAUCUGGGGAGAAGAUGGGGUCAAGGUUGUACAACACUCCAUGGAGGUAGCUACACAAGCUACAGAGAAGCUAGGUAAGGGAGAGAUGCCUGACCAGUUUUGUACUGUAAUGUGUCUGGAUCUGUCUCGCAGCAUGGCAGGGAACCCAAUAAAGCAACAGUUGAGAGAGGCGGAGAGGGUUCUACAAAAUUGCUUGGGUCAAGUUGCUGUGGUAACCAUUGGUGAUAAGACCAAAGUGGAGCAGGAUCUAACUCGGGACAAGGAUACAGUAAAGAAAAUCCUGGAACGUGUAUACAUCCAGCCACACAUGACCAGCACCCCGAUCAUACAGGGUCUUCUGACAGCACUCAAACUUCUACAACUCAGAGUAAAGCCAACAGAAAUUGGUCAUCACCACACAGUGUAUCCUAAAAUAGUGAUUAUAUCUGAUGGUCUGUUCAAUGACUGCUCCCCAGAAACUGAAGAAACAAAGCAGCCAUGUUCUAGGACUGACAGCCUGUUUGCAUCAGUUUUGGAAGUGAUGGCUGCUCUGCAUAUUCAUGUUCCCAUCUACUUUGUUCCUGUAGGAGAACAGUUAGAUACUAGUUCAAGCUGGGUUGACAUGGUGACAGUUGUUAAGGAUGUAGAUUUUCUUUCUGAUUCCAUAGCAACAGAGACUCUAACAGGAAGAGUGAUGUCAGCCAUCUUGGAACCUAAGGAACCACAAACUCCCGCUAAAUCCUGGCAGGCAAUAAAAAAGGACCUUAUGAAGAAAAAACAGGAGACGAAAGAGAUCAACAGAAUUGAAUGGUUCAUCACAGAACAUUUUAAAAAGCCUCCACCAAUCGGGACGCGAGUUAAGGUUUCUGGUGCAGAGUCUAUAGCUCAGCCAACAGGAACGAUUCUACAGCACAUCAAGGGGAGGAAAGAGGAACAGGACACAAAGACCCAGUAUGUUCUUGUUGUUUUGGACACUGGAGAUAAGGUAUACCACCGCUGGACAUUUGACCAGGAGAACCUACUGUUCUACAAAUCCAUCCCGGACGCGGGUUAUGCAGCUUUACCUGUAGGAACACUGGUCAGAAGAGGCAGACAUUGGAAUUAUGACGAUCAAGAUGGUGGUCCAGAUGAAAUAGGAGUCGUCAUCAUCAACAAAGAUGGAGGACGGCUAGUCAAGGUAUGCUGGCGUUCACCAUUAGCUGCACAUGAAUUGAAUGUUUACCGAUUUGGAGAUCAAGAAAGAUUUGACAUUGACGUUGCAGAAUCUCCUCUCAUUGACUUUGAAGGCCUAAUUGAUUCCGGGUCCCCGAGGUGGGAGGUCAGUGACGAGGCGGGGAAGUGGAGGCCCCUUACAGGGGUCAGUGCCUUACAACUAGAAGACAGUGUGGCCCUCAAAAGGACCAUACUGACCAUUCAGGAGGGACAUACUCAGGGGACAUUUAGGCUGGAAGGUGACAAACUGAGAGACUUCAACACACAAAGGACUUUAAGGAUAAGAAAGAUGGAAGAAACAUGAGAAUUAAUCUUCCUUGAGGUCUGACCUGAGCUGAUAUUUCAACAAAUUUUAAUGAAAAUUAAAAAAAAAUGGAAAGAGUGCCAUAUUUAUUGAUACUAUCUGUGUAUAUUUACCACAUAUUUUAAAGAAUUAUAUGAUUACAAGAUAUGAUUACUUGUUGUAGAUGGAAAUUUUACGGUUUUGAAAAACAUGACAGAAAUGGAGUUGUGACUGCUUUCUAUAUUUGCUACGCAUUUAAUACAUGUACAUCCUUAUCAAAACAUUGAAAUUGUCAAUGUGAAAAGUAUUUUUAAAAUAAAAUAUGUCAAACUUUA